GAAUCGCUUUGUGCAUCGCUAGUUGUUUACGGAGAGGACGCGGAGGUUGUGGUGCACAUAGUAACGAAUCCAAACAGCGGCUGAUAUUACUAUAAAGUUUUGGAUUUAGACUGUUAAUUUUUCAGCUGAAUUUGUAAAAUGGCUUUUUGCAGUACGGGAUACUUUGAAACAGUUGAAUCUAUUCAGAAGAGUUUACACGAAAGGGAAAAAAGAAGACUUAAGUUGGAGGAAGAGCUGUUUAUUUACUCAGGAUCUGAAGAAAGACUAACUAGGUUAAAAUGCGUUAAGAUGCGGCACUAUCUCAAGGAGCUGUGUACGAGAGAGGCGCAAGCAAAGGCCCGCAACCUUGAGCUGCUUAGAAGUAUUGACAAGCUGGUAUUGAAUGCCAAACAAUUCUCUGUUGACUACACUGUACUGCAUCACUUAAAGUUGGAAUGUACAAAUCACAUGGCAGGACUUCAAGAGGACGGGAAGAAGAAAAAGAGCGAACUUAAAAUACAAAAGAGAAUUAAUUCACGAGACCAAAGCAGGCCCCUUUCUGUCAGCACUGGGCAAUCAUCAUCCCAACCUGCUGUCAUCUCCAUGGGUCGGCAAAUCCUCAAAGAUACUGUGGUGGAUGGUGGCCUCAUGAGCCCACGUUUGUCGGCUGAGGUGAUAACUAACCACCCUUUAGCUUCCCUGCCACAAAACAGCCCUUUGAGGGCUCCCAGAGUUUCAAAAGCCAGCGGCGGCAGCUCUUUAUCUGAUGACAUUCUAAACUCCAGUGAUUUUGCUGAAAGGCCACUGCCGUUUGAUUGUGGUUCUUUAAUGAGAGAAAAAGAGGUGUGUGGGUCGAAGCAGCUGACUGUGCCUCACGUAACCUUGAAGGCAUCUGAAGUGUGCUCUCAUCACAGAAGUGUGAACAGUCCAGAAAGCAAUAUGUCACUCCAGCACUACCCCAGCCAGAGUCCUUCCCCAUUUACCCCUCACACAAAAGGCUCGCCGGCCAGGACUGAAGCUAAUUCAGCCACUGAACAAUCACCUAUUCCAGAUCAAAAUAAAAGCAGCAGCUCCAGUAUAUCCAGUUCUGAAGUCGAUGUCACACCAGAACCUGCACUAAACAUAACCACUGAUGUUUCAGUGUCUCUCAGUGGUAAUCUUCAUGACCAGCACAAACCCAGCAAUGUUUCUCCAAACACUAACAAACCCAAAAAGCUAGAGGACAGAGCGGAGUCUGGAGGACGUCCUUUUUCAAAACCAGAACAGAGUCUGUCAGUGGAGGAAUUCUUUUUUCUGCUGGACAACAUUGAGGAACGUCUCUCUGCUGGAGACGGCAAGCUGUACAGUAGCUCUCUUCUCAGUGAGGAGAAGCUCAGAAAGAUUAUUAGCAUGUGUAUUCAGCGUGACGCGCUGAGAAACGAGGAGCUGAAUGUGUGCGCAGCCGUGGUGCUACAGCAGUUGCCCUGGUUAUUAAUGGAUUCACCUCAUGGCUGUCUGCUACACAGUGACCUGGUCAGCACCCAGUGGUCCACUGCUGUAGAAGCAGCACACAUCAGGUCAUGUCUGUCAGGUGAUAGUGCUUCUCUGUGGGAGCGGUGGUUCAGACAUGCCCUUCAGCUGCUGCGGCAGGACGUUCUUUCUCUCAACAGCAUCGUGCAGCUCUUCACUCCACUUCUAGUGCAAUACAAAGCCUCCUACACAGACAAGGCCGAAGUGCUGCUGAAGAGGCUUUUGACCCACGCAGCCAAGACUUUCCACUCAUCGGAAAGUGAGGACGACUCAUCCUGCAGCCUACCCUCGCUUUUAAAUGACAGCGGGGAGAUCAAAAUGGCCAGACCCUCCAGAAAUGUAUUUCACACCACUGGUACACAUGGAGUAGAAAGUGACGAAGAGGACAGUACUGACCAAAGCCCUGUGAAAAGUAUUCCUAUUAGAGAGACAAAAGCGUAUCAGCUGCUUAAACAAUCAGUGACACAAGAGAAGGAAUGGAGGAAUAAACAAGAGGAGCAGGAGGAAGAGGAGGAGGAUAGAUCUGAUUUGAAACCAUCAGGAUUAUCUGAGAUGAAAAAAAAUCAAAGUAGCAGCAAGCAAGACAUGCGAAAUGACCCCAAAGAAAAAUGCCAGACUUUUACUGCUGUUCAGUCUAAAGCUUUUUGGGGUGAUUCAGAUGACACCAACUCUGAAAUUGAAAUGGCCUUACGUCCCAAGUCCCACACUCCCAGUAACAGUGACUUUGAUGACUUUUAUGAAUAAAUAUUUUUUCUAAAGUAA